AUGCCCUACCCGCUGAAUUACGAUCCAGGAUCCAGCGUCAUCUGCCCUCUUCUACACGGUUUUUGCUGCGCCGGGUUGCUAAGUCAUUCUCGGCGUGCCGCAAAAUCCUGGACUCACACUGUGGAAGGCUACAACUCGUGCUGUAUGAGAGCGUUCUUCAAGGGCCGGCCGGAAAACCGCCUCCAACUCGAUACCGCGAGCAGCCUCGACUUUUUCAAAUCCUUCAUCGACCUUUUCGAUCCUCGCAUAAUUGGCGUCCACCAAAAUUGCAAUUUCCGCUUCAACGACCCUUUGUUGCGGCUCUCCCUCGAAUCACCCAAGCGGCCUCUCGCCUUCUCCGCGUGGUUCCACGCUUGUACGAACGCAAUCCCGGCCCUCAGCGAAUGGGUCGACGGCAUGACGGGCCGCUAUUCUUCCGGACUAGACUGCCGGCUGAUCGUUGGCAUCAUGGAUCUCCUGCCGCAGCCACAUGGCCAUUGCGAACCCGGCGAAUUUUGCCAGCAGCUUUGCGCCAAGAUUAACAACGAGCCGUGCGUGCAGCUACACUGCUGGUACCUCAUCAGAUCUAGCGAUCGAUCGAUCUGGGAUAGGACGGUGGCGCAGAUGGCAAUGCUGCUCGAGGCGGUUUUGAAAAAUCCCCCAACCGACCCCACAGCCAAGCGCAUUGUUGCCCUCGAAUUUGCCCGGACCACUGAUGAAGACUUUGACAAAAUCUCGCUAGACGUCUCCCAAUGCUGGCGGAUGGGACGAGCGGCUGUGAAGCUCUUGGAAUCACAGAUGACCGGUGACUAUGCAAUUUAUUGGAAGAAGACUAAGGUGGGCUUCAAGACCCGAAUAACCCCGGACACCGUGGUCUUCGUCGGUCGCCUUGUCAUCGCCAAAAAUUUCGAGGGCAACGCCUCGGCCAUCAGACGUGAGCUGCACCACCGCCAGCUCGAGGCGCGCGCCUGUGAAAUGAUGCUCCUCAACGGGGAGCCUGUCCGCAAAAACAAUACCCUGUCGCGCGCGCGAAGCGCUAUUCUUUGC